AGACACUCCUCUGAGCACCGCAGAGACAGGCACUCUGACCGUAUACAGUCAUGUGAGAAAGGGAGGAACCCAGCUGCUGCUCCCUGUGAUGGCAGCGUACUAAGAGCUCAGGCAAGAAGAGGAAGUGAACAGCACUCUUUGAAACAAGAGGCCGUUUGAUAACAGUCUGUUGAUCUUGCUCUAUCUGUCUCUCCCUCUUUCUUGCGCAUUUCUCUGGAGAGGCAUCAGAAAUUGUCAACAGAAGGAGACUAGUCUGCCGCCCUACUGGAACAGCUGGAACGUUCAACAAUGGAACGGGAGAAUGUUCUAGAGUAUGAUGAGCGAACUUCUCCACAAACAGAGGUGUGGAGAAGGCAGGAGAGACAUCAAGAGGCAGGAGAGGAGGAUGAGGCCAUGGAGGCAGUGUUACAGAGAGGAGGAGCGAAGGAUGAGAUGCAGGAAACCCAACAUGGAGCCUCUGCUCCGCCUGCCUCCUCCUCGCCCCCACCCCUGGCUGCGGGCCCUGAGCUGAGGCUGGUGCUGUUGGGGCAGACUGGCGCGGGCAAGAGCGCCGCGGGGAACAGCAUCUUGGGGCGCCGGGCGUUUGAGAUCAAGGCCUCCGGGGGAGCAACUGGAACGCAUGGUUGUGAGAGCAGAACAGCGACAGUUGCUGGAAGACAGCUGACCGUGGUGGACACGCCAGACUGGUUCCGCUCGGAGCUCUCCCCGGAGGACAUCCAGCAGCAGAUCCGCUCCUGCCUGGCCCUGGUGGCCCCCGGGCCCCACGCCUUCCUGCUGUGCGUCCCCGUGGACCAGCCCGCCUCCGUGGAGCUGCUGGGGCUGGAGGCCCUGGAGGCGGUGUUCGGGCCCGGGGCCGUCGGACGCCACACGCUGCUCCUCUUCACUCACAUGGACCGGCUGUCCGAGGGGCUCAGUCUGGAGGACUACGUGACCAGCAGGGAGCGCCGCGACCUCCUGAAGCUGGUGGAGAGAUGCGGGGACCACUACCAUGCCCUGGAGAGAGGGAGAGGAGGAGGAGGAGGAGGAGGAGGAGGAGGAGAGGGGGAACAGGAGGAAACGGAGAGGAGGAGUGUGGAGGAGCUGCUGCAGAAGGUAGAGCAGGUGGUGAGGGAGAGCGGGGUGGACUUCCACGCCUGGCCCCCUGCCCCCAAGGAGCCCGAGCAGCGCGGCGGGCUGAGGAGGGACAGAGACGAGAGGUCAGAGAUGGACAGAGAGCCCGUCUCGUCCUCCCCCUCCGCCCCGUCACCUCCAGAGCCUGAGGAAGAGCCAGAGCCAGAGCCAGAGCCAGAGCCAGAGGCUGAGGCUGAGGCUGGGCCCGCACAGGCGCCGGACACCACGGAGACCCGCGACGACGAUCUCACAGAGGGCGGUGACGACCUCGUGGAGGGCGAUGACGACGACCCCUCUCUCGCUCCCGCCGCGCCCCCUCCCUCCUUCCUGCGGGGCUUGUGGGACACGCUGGUCGGGUGGCUGAGCAACAUCCCCGGGCUGGUGAGGGGCACCUCCCUGCUGGGGUCCCUGGUGGGGUUCUUUGUGGGGGGGCCGGUGGGCAGGAUGCUGGGGGGCGCGGUGGGCUCCGUGGCCACUGAGGUGGGCAGGAGGAGGCGCGUGAAGAAGACACAGUGAAGGGAAGGUGCACACACAAGCAGCAGCAGAGACACUUGUUUACACUGAUAAAUAAAAGGCAUAGCCGCUUAGUUACGCACUGUAGGAGAGUAUACAGCUAUUGCUAAGCAAGGGCACACAAAGGCGUUUGGCUGAGAGAGCUUGUUUACUGGGGAGCCACAGUGAGCUCGGUCCAAUAGGAUCUUUUUUUUUAUUUUUAUAUUUUUUUAUCAUAUUUAAGGCUGUAAUUGUUUUAAUUGUAUCAGUCAGUCAGCUUUUAUUUGCACUUGAGGGAGCACAUGGGGACAUUUUAACACUGCUGAACCACAUUCACACACUGUAAUGUAAUGUAAAUGUACACUACAGGCUUACAAAAACACGUAUUAACACUAUAGGUUAAUUAAUGAAUUAAACAAAAACAUAGGCUAUUAAAUUGUGUUUUCUGUAAUUCAUUGUAUGAUUACUGCAGAGUCAAACCUCAUUGGUAUGCAAUAAAAUUUUAGGAGAAAAACAAAUAUCCUCAUUUCUAGGAUUAAAAUAUCUAGGACUAACUUGGAGUUAGAGAGUUAUCAUUUCAACUAAACAAAAACAUGCACAAAUUUAAGGAAAUUACUUUUCUGCAUACUUUGAGUUUAACUCUUUUUUAUAUUACGUUAACAUGUUUUUUCCUCAUGGAGAUGCACGUGUUUUUUUGAUGCCUGGUCUGUGCCUCCUGACAUUACGCAGGCAUACAUGAUUUGGCAUGAUAUAUCAGCUUAAUGAUGUAUGCCUGACAAGAAAUUACACAAAUCAAUUAUCCACUUUGAAUUUGGAUAUGAGAAGUGGAAUUUGAAAUUAAAACAAGUGCAAUUACUGUGUUAUUGAGUCAAUUCAGCUCCACAGACAUGGGGCCUCUGGCUACUGAUUGCAAGGCUUCAAUUUACUGCACACUGUGAUAUAAUGCAAAUUAUACUUACAUUUCACUCUGAACUUCUGGAGAACACCUUAGAUGGUUAUCAAAAAAUGGGGUAUUAUUGAGGUUAAAAUACUAAUUUAUGCUUUUACACUUUUUUAUUUUCUUCAAUUCAUAUAUGGGUU